AUUUUUUUAAGAAAAAAACUUCCAAACAAAUUGAGUCUUUUCAUGAAUCAUAAUUUCGUUUUGUUUGUAUCUAUCGGAAAUCCGCAAUGCGAAGAAACGAGCGUUUCGUUUUCUGAAUCGAGUUUAUCAGAGGUUAAAGAAAAGGAAGCGGAAAGGAGAGGUUUUUCUUCGACUGAGAGGAAACGCGGAGAGAAAGAGCAAUGGCGGGAGAGGGGAGAAGAUUCGGGAUCGGUUACGCUUUGUUGCCGAAGAAAGAGAACAGCUUCAUUCGAGAAUCGCUGGUGAGGCUGGCGAGUUCGCGAGGGAUCCAUCUGGUUAAGAUAGAGAUGGGUCGUCCUUUGGUCGAUCAAGGGCCGUUCGAUUGCGUGCUCCACAAGUUGUACGGCGAGGAUUGGAGGGUCCAGCUCGAGGAUUUCCGUUCCCGAAACCCUAAUGCCGUGAUUCUCGAUUCUCCAGCAGCAAUCGAACGGCUCCACAACAGGAUUUCGAUGCUCCAGGUGGUUUCCGAGCUCAAGAUCGAGAGUCAGAGCGAAACCUUUGGGAUCCCUAAACAGAUUGUGAUUUACGAUCAAGAAACCCUCUUCGAUAACCAAGCCUGGGAAUUGCUCAAGUUCCCCGUUAUUGCCAAGCCCUUGGUGGCUGAUGGAAGCGCCAAAUCACACAAAAUGGCCCUGGUGUUUAACCACGAAGGGUUGAACAAGCUUAAGCCCCCGAUUGUUCUGCAGGAAUUUGUUAACCAUGGAGGUGUUAUUUUCAAGGUUUACGUGGUUGGGGAAUACGUGAAGUGUGUUAAAAGGAAGUCGUUACCAGAUGUUUCCGAGGAGAAAUUGAAUAGUUUAGAAGGCUCUCUACCGUUUGCUCAAGUUUCCAAUUUGGCCACUCAUCAGAAAAGUGAUGAUAAGUACUACAAGAUGAUGCAUUUGGAGGACACUGAAUUGCCGCCACAGAGUUUCAUGGCUGAUAUUGCCAAGGGUUUGAGAAAGGCAAUGAAUUUGAACUUGUUUAAUUUCGAUGUGAUAAGGGAUACCCGAUUCGGGAACCGUUAUCUUAUCAUUGACAUUAACUAUUUUCCGGGUUAUGCGAAAAUGCCAGGCUAUGAAACAGUUUUGACUGAUUUCUUUUGUGACAUGGUCGAUAGGAAGGAAAGGGAAAUGGUAGUGGAGAAGGAUUUGGUUGAGGAGUAUUGCCAGGAGGUGGCGGUAGCUGCGACUGAUGGAAGGCAGGUCUUUAGUUGUGAGAAAGAAGUAAGAAAAAUUGUGACCAAUUCUUGCUGUAGUGAUGGGGAAGAAAUGGAGAACUCUAUUCAAGCUUGACUAAACUUUUAGGGUGCUCGAUGAAAGCUUUAUCGUAGUACUAGCUUGUGGAGUCAAGCCGAUUUCACAAUCUCCAUUUUUUUAGACAUCGGUUCAUGGAAUGGUGAAAUAGCUAGGUUGGAUACUUUGAGUUUAGUUGUAGCUUUCUUGACAACAGUUACAUGGUGUUCUCAGUGUUAAUCAUGUAUAUUCUGUCCACCAACUUCUGGAGAUAGGUACUUUUCGAAACUCUAUGACGAUUUAGGGAACUUUAAGUUGUACUUUGAGGCUUUGAAGUUU